AUGACAAUUCGAGUGUCCGUGGGUUUGCUGAGCGGGGAGCAGCGGGACGUGGAGGUUGAUCCACAGGACGCAGUUUGGGUCCUGCAGCUUCAAGCAGCGGCAGCUCUCGGAGCACGCCUUCAGGGCUUAGUGACUCCGGAGGGCAAGGUCCUUGCGCCCCACAGCAAAGUGCAAGAGUCCCUGCGGGAUGGUGAUGCUGUGACCAUGCUGCUGAGCCGUGUGCCGCGGCUUCAUGCUGGCUGUGCUGCCUUUGCUGUGGUCUCCGAGCAUGGAGAAGCACUUGCCUGGGGCCACCCCCAGCGAGGGGGCGACUGCUCGGCUGUCCAGGACGAUCUCGUAGGCGUCCUCCAGCUCAGCACGCACUCUUUCGCGUUCGCAGCUCUUCGAAGAGACGGCUCUGUCAUCACUUGGGGCAAUGCCGGCAGGGGAGGAGUGAUGCAAGUUGCAAAGCUUGCUUGCCACUGGUACACCAUCUUCGUGUUUGGAGUUCCCGUGGGGGGCGUGCGACCUGCUCUGGAUUCGGCACUCGCAGACGAAGAAGCGUUGGGUGACCCAGUAUGCUGCUGCAAGUCGCAAGUGGAGAAGGGUUCCAUUGACACUACUCUCAUUCCGAUAGAGAGGCAUCAUUGCGACGCCUUCAAGCAGAUUCGACCCGACCGUCCUUUCUGGUUUCACGAUGGGAUGUGCUGCUGGACAAGUAAAUAUUUCUGCACGGGCACUAUAGGCGAACUGCUCGUCGGGCACGACAAUAGUGGCGACAGAGCACCUGCGGACAAGUGCCCAGCUUCGUCUGCUGACGGUUCAGUGCGUCCUCCGGACCCAACUAUGGCCUACAAUCGCAACGUGGAGUACCUCGAGACGAAAAUCGCCACGAUGCUGGUCAGCAACGUAGUUGGAUUCGCCUCGGGAUCGGCAGGAUCCGUGCACGGAUCCGCAAAAGGAACGGCCGGAAACACCGUUGUGAAGACGGCAAAGGAUAUUAGCAGCGGUCACAAAUCCGGGGAGGCAGCGUUGGGAGGGAUCUUUGAGGACAUCAGAGGAGACCUUGGCGUGGGCCAGAGCUCCACAAUCACGGGUGUAACAGGGACAGGGGUGCACUUCGGUGGCACAGGCCUGGAAAGGGCCUCGACGGUUUGGAAGUACAACAACGGGAAGAUCUCGUCGGACUGGAUGCACGUUGAGUAUGACGAGACAGGCAACUCCUUCUACGUGAUUCAGGAUCCCGAAACAUACAAGCCAGAGGAAAACGGAUGCCACCGGCUGAAGCAGGGCCUUGGGCACGUAUGCAUCGUACCGGACAGUGACAAACGCGGCUUCCACAUGAAAGCAGAAGUGGAUCUCACAAAGGAAGUAGGUUGUCUGCCAGACGGCUGGACGAUAGAGGGAGGCGACAGCAGCUUCGUGAAGGGAGACCUCCACAGUGUCGACUACCUUUGUGCUUCUGCGCAUGCCUUCGCAGCCGUGCGGAACGACGGUGCUGUCAUCACCUGGGGUCAUCCACAGAUGGGUGGUGACUCGAGUGCGGUGCGCGAACAGCUGAUUGGGGUCAAACAGAUCUGCGCCAACUCGCACGCAUUCGCGGCUCUGAGGAAUGACGGGCGUGUGAUUACAUGGGGCCACCCUGAGCAUGGUGGUGACAGCAGCGCAAGACAGAACGAUCUGGAGCGCAAUGUGGUGACGUGUCUGCACGCCAACCAGUUUGCCUUUGCAGCGGAGACUGCGGAUGGCCAACUCCUCGCCUGGGGCUGCCCAGAUCGAGGGGGCGACGUAAGCUCCGCUGCCGCUUCCAUGGCAAACCUGCUUCCGGCUCAGGAUGUCUCCUCCAACGCAAGCGCCUUUGCAGCACGGCUCCAAGAUGGCAGUGUCGUGACCUGGGGAGAUCCGGCCUUUGGAGGCGACAGCUCCUCAGUGCGCCAAUCGCUGACUUCUGUCAAGAAGGUGUACAGCUCACGUCGCGCGCUCGCAUUCGCAGCGAUCAGAGAUGACGGAUCAGUUGUCACCUGGGGCCACCCAGAUAUGGGUGGUAACAGUGCGGAUGUGCAGCACCAGCUGAUCGAUGUGUUGACCAUCGAAGUGUACUCCUUUGCUUGGGCAGCUCUUCGAAGGGAUGGCCGGGUUGUGACGUGGGGAGAGUCGCAAAAGGGUGGAGACAGCAGCAUGGUGCAAGAACAGCUGAGAGAUGUCGAGCAGGUGUGCGCUAACGCCUAUGCCUUCGCAGCUGUUCGACGGGAUGGUACCGUGGUAACCUGGGGCCAAGCCUUGCGUGGCGGUGACAGCAGCUAUGUACAGCAUCAGCUCAUCAACGUGGAGUUUAUCUAUGCUACCGCAGCAGCUUUCGCGGCAGCGCGAACGGAUGGAACAGUUGUGACUUGGGGCGACGCUUCGCGCGGCGGGGAUGGCUGCCCUGUCCAACUUAGAGCGGGGCCGAGCAGCCAAAUAUGA